UAAAUAUAUUUCAAGGGCAGAAGCGAGGCACUUGAGAUUUCAGUUUCAGUUUCAGUUUCAGUUUCAGUUUCACGCACGCUUCGUGACUUGCACGUAAAAACUAAGAAACGGAACCUACAUAGGGUUGCAGCGUAUAGCAAUUUCACAGAAAUAUUGGAAAGCACAUCGUCUGCGAAAACUGAAAAAGAAGGAUUAGGGUUUGAUUGAUUUAGGAAAGAAAGAUGCCGAAGAACAAGGGAAAGGGAGGCAAGAAUCGGAAAAGGGGAAAGAACGAGGCAGACGACGAGAAGCGAGAGCUGGUAUUCAAGGAGGAUGGCCAAGAGUACGCCCAGGUCAACCGCAUGCUCGGUAACGGUCGCUGCGAAGCCAUGUGCAUCGACGGUACCAAGCGCCUCUGCCACAUCCGAGGCAAGAUGCACAAGAAGGUCUGGAUCGCCGCCGGCGACAUCAUCCUCGUUGGCCUCAGGGAUUACCAGGACGACAAGGCUGACGUCAUCCUUAAGUACAUGCCCGACGAGGCCAGGCUCUUGAAGGCCUACGGCGAAUUGCCCGAUAGCACCAGGCUCAAUGAGGGCAUCGCUGCUGGCUUGGAUGAGGAAGACGAUGGCGGUGCCGAUGAUUACAUCGAGUUCGAGGACGAGGACAUCGAUAAGAUAUAGAUUUGCCCUGUCUUUUGAUUCAAUACCCCUGACCGUCUUUUUUUCUUCAAUUUGAUGAAUGGUAUUGUAGUAUCUGGACCUCCGAAAUGCAUGGCUGUGACUUAAAAUGUUUUGGAUGGUGAAUUUGAUGCAAUAAUUAGUUUUAAUAAUCUUGCUUUAGUGCUUGAAUUAUUGAGAUGUUUGCAUAUUUUAGUUUAUGUAUUCUGCCGGCAGUGCCUGCUUAUGUAGCGAGAAAGAUAAGAUAUGAACAAGAUUACAAAGAUGUUCUGAUCUGCAA